AUGAACGACCCCUCCAGACACCCGUCACCUCAGUCAGAAUACACCUCGAAGUCCGAACAUCAAUAUUUCAAGGACUCGGAUGGACAGCUCGACCGUGUACGCUGGAACUCUGAAUCAACGCCUGCGCCUGAACACGAACCUAGAUCUCAACGCUCGGCCGUCGAAUCCCUCAACGUUCAACAGCAGCGCAGUGCAGUGUUCCUACCAGUUACUUCCACGGGUCGCGCGCGAGCUCCCGAUGGCGCGGACAUGACCACGAACGCCUAG